GUUCCAUCGCAGCCGCACAAAAUAUGGCCGCACGUUAAUUACAAUUUAAGUAAAUUGCGAUAAUAUAAGCAAAUCAAUAAAAUUACUAAUACGAAACAGCUUAGUGAAAGUUGUGUGUACAAAAUAAUAAUAGAGUUCAACAAUUAAAUUUAAGUAUAAUUAGUUCAUAAUUGAAAAACGGUAAAGUGAAAAGUCUGGUCGGCACAGCAAAGAGAAUUGUGAAAAGUUCAUCAUAGAAACAAAAAAACAAGAACUGAAAAUCCAAGGUAAAAGAAGGGCGAAAUUCAGUUCACAUAUAAAGAAAGUGCAAAUUCGUGAUCAAUAAAAGAGCAAAAUCAAUUUGAAAAUAUGCAGUGAAGUAGAUGAGGUGCAAAUUUGUAAAACAAAACGUAUCGAAAAUAAAAAAGAACGAGAGAAUAAUCAUUUUGCUGCUUUUUCCAUACAACGUCACCGAAAAGCUAGCAAAGGAAAAAAGUGCCGUCCGACUGCAGAAGCAACAACUAUCUUGGCGGGCUACGAUUAAAAGCGGCAAAAGGAUUGCGAAAGGCCGACGUCUUCUCUGCUGAAUAAACAACACUGCAACGACGAAAACAAUUUUCCCUGUCAUAGCGUGCCAGCAGUACCAGCUGUUAGUCAUUAACUUAGGAGGUAUACGAAUAUAAAGAGUUAUUUGACGCAGUUGYACAUAUCUCUAAAUCAGCAACAUGCAGCAUCAUGCACAUGUGGCACGUGCAGCACCUCCCCACUUGCGUGCCCACCAUAUGGCUGUGCCACCGCCGCAUACCCAAUCACAGACACAUAUACCGCAAAUGAAUUUGGCACAUGUGCCACCGCCGCCACCACCCGGACAACAACAACAGCAACAGCAGACGAGUCAGCAAAAGCAGUCACAACAUCUUAGUAAUGGCCCUACAACGGCUGGUGCUGCUGYAGUGAUCUCAGGCUCGUCCAUCGCCGUGGCGUCACAUGUGCGCGAUCAUCAUACAGCACGUUUGAAUCAGCAACCAUUGCAACAACAACCACAUCAGCAUCCCUCAUCUAUGCACACCAGCACACAGCUGCAAAAGCUGCGACAACAACAUCAGCAUAUAAACAACAAUAAUAAUAAUAAUAGUACAAACAAAAACAACUAUCAUCAUCAUCAAGCGCAGCAGCAAUACAACAACAGCACCAGCAAUACACACGGCAAUGUGCUGCCGGUACAAGCAGCAACACAACAACAACAACCRAAGCAAAGCUCACAGGUGUCACAUCAUACGUCGCGGCAUCACCAGCAGCCGCAACAGCAUCAGCUGCAUCAUCAACAACAACCACAACAACAAGUAACGCAACAGCUGCAACAUAAGCAUAUAGUGGCUCCAAUGCCACCACAGCAGUCGCACGGCCACGUAAAGAACCAACAGUCGUUGCAACAAAUACAACCACAACAACAACAAGCGGUGCCAACCACAACAAAUCUGGUUAUUGCAAAGAAUGUCAUCAAUACGCAUGUGCCACCACCGUCGCUGCCACAGACACAACAUCUGCAACAACCACCACCUACGUCUUUGAAUUACUACAACAAUAAUGUGCAUAAAUCUAACUACAACAACAAUAAUAGCGUUGUGGCGGUCAGUGGUGGUGCCGCUAGCGGUAUUAGCAGUGCCAUGCCCCCAAAAACCAUAUUGCAGAAUCCAAAUCGCGUGCUAAAAGCGCGCUUGCAUGCCAGCUCGACUACAAAUAAUAUUGACGUGAGUACUGUGAGUCCGUCGGUGGGUGUAGAUGAAACCAAUAAAGCUGCUAAGAGCGUUGGCAACAUUGUUAACAGCAGCGSCAACAAAGUUGUUAGCUCCACAGAGACACAUUUAAGUGAGGUCGUUGCUAAUAACAUGACCACACCGACAGCCGAGAGCACUACGAGGCAUGAGAGUUUACAAAUCGUGCAAAGCUCUAACCAAGCAGAGGCUGCYUCCAUCGAGUCUAAUAAGGAAAAUAUGACUAGUACAGCACAAAGCGCUAAUUCCAGCAUUGAAGUUAGCAGCAGCACGCUUAACAACAACAACAUAUUGUCCAAUGAAGACAACACAGUGGCGAAAAAUUCCAAAGAAAAGACACCGAUGUGCUUGGUCAACGAAUUGGCGCGUUACAAUAAAAUCACACAUCAGUAUCGUUUAACUAGCGAGAAGGGACCAGCGCAUUGUAAGCGUUUCACGGUCACGCUGAAACUGGGUGAGGAGGAGUAUUCAGCUGAGGGUUUCAAAAUAAAGAAAGCUCAACACUUGGCAGCUGCUGAGGCUAUCGAAAAGACUAAAUACAAACAUCCCGUGCCGAAAGUGAUACGGCGCGGCGCGGAUAGUGAGGGGAGUUCAUCGCGUGCCAACAUCACACCUACAGUGGAGUUGAAUGCGCUCGCUAUGAAAUUGGGUCAACAGACCUACUAUCUGCUGGAUCCACGCCAAGUUGGACCGAACGAUGGCAUGGGACCACCACCAGAUGCUAUGAUGGCACCGCGUUUCAAUGUGCCGCCACCACCACAUGCGUUGCCACCACACGCCAUAGCCGGUGGUCAUAUGUUACCGCAGCACCCACCACCACAUUUGCGUUUGAUGGAUCCGGCAUAUGUGCGUCGCAGCGGCCCGUAUGCCGCACCGCCACCACAACCUCAGAUGCACGGACUUCCUGCUGCCGGCACAGCUAUGCGUCCACGUUAUGGUGCACCAGCACAACGCACAUACAUGCCAAAAUAUAAUCAACAACACCGUUACCCGCUAAUGGCGCCACCACCUAUGCCCGGUGGUCCACAUAACGGUAUGCUGCCACCGCCACCUUUGUCACACCCGCAGCACCCACACCAUGGCGGCAUGCCACAUCGUUAUGGCAUGCCUGCUGCUUUGACCAAGGUGACACUAGUCGUGGGAAAGCAGAAAUUUGUAGGGUUGGGUCGUACAUUGCAGCAAGCCAAGCACGAUGCCGCGGCGCGUGCUUUGCAAGUGCUCAAAGCGCAAGCCGCCACACAGCUCAAUGAAGAGCUCAACAACAGUAUGGAGGAGAGUGACAACAAAUCACCGAUCUCACUGGUUUAUGAGAUUGGCAUACAACGCAGCCUAACGGUACACUUUAAGGUGUUGCGCGAGGAGGGUCCAGCGCACAUGAAGAAAUUCGUAACAGCUUGCGUAGUGGGCACCAUAGUAACAGAAGGUGAGGGUAACGGCAAGAAGAUAUCAAAGAAACGCGCUGCGGAGAAGAUGCUGGCGGAGCUAAGGAAACUACCACCAUUAACGCCCACCAAGUCACCCAUAAAGCGUAUCAAAGUGAAAACGCCCAGCAAAGCAGCAGGCGGCGCGGACUCCAUUUCGGGCGGUGGUGGCAAAUCGGGUGGCAGCAUGGGUGAGCGACGAAAACGUGGCAGUAGUUCGAUCAAGGAGAAGAAUGAUGCUGAUACCGAGACUGAGAACCCCAUCACGCGGCUCAUACAAUUGCAGCAAAAUCGCAAAGAAAAAGAGCCGAUUUUCGAGUUGAUAGCGAAGAACGGCAAUGAGAACUCGCGUAGACGCGAAUUCAUUAUCGAGGUGACGGCACACGGCAUGGUAGCACGUGGCACCGGCAACAGCAAGAAGCUGGCCAAACGCAAUGCAGCACAAAAUCUGCUCUUGGCCAUGGGCGAAAAAGACACCGCGGCUGCUGAACUGAAGUCAAACACGGAAUCGGUAGUAACAACAAGCGUCCCGGCUAGUAACGAGCAAACCAAUACAGUAUUGCAGCCAAAUGUAGAAGCAGCUGCAGCGCCAGCAAUCACCGCAGCGCCAGCUGUUGCCGUUGAAGUGCACAAUGAUGUKCCACUUGUAACCACCACGGCUGGGCAAGUGCCAGGCAUACUAAUACUGCGUCACAACAAGAAACAUUCAACAAAGAAAAAAGAAAGCAUGAUUAGUACUACAACACGUCUACCGGUGGUUGAGGAAAUAGAAAACAAGCAGGAGGAAUCGGUAAUCUCUACAACGCAAACGGCWCCUGCCGCGGUACAAAACAAAGCAAGCAGCACUGACAAUCAGCCAMCUGCUGUUGCAAAUGCUAAACCCAUUGUUGAAGCUACCGCCACACCGACUGUGGCGGAAUCGACAAAUACCGCUAGCACUGUUGCGCCAACCAGCAGCAGCGCGUCGAAGCCGAAACCGACAGGUGUGCACACGAAAGAUCAGUUGCUGUAUCUGGCAAAAUUGCUGGGUUUUGAGGUGAACUUUUCCGAUUUUCCCAAGGGAAAUCACAGCGAAUUCCUAACGAUCGUAACGCUUUCUUCCAAUCCACCGCAAAUCUGUCACGGCAUGGGCACUAGCGCUGAGGAAUCUCAAAAUGAUGCGGCGAAAAAUGCAUUAAAACUACUUAGUAAAUUAGGCUUGAAUAAUGCGGCRAAUUGAACAAAAAAAUUACAAUACAAAAAUUGUAAUCUGGCAAAAUAUUAUAUUUUCUAAAGAAAAUGAAAUUCAAAUUGUAUUUGGCGCCACAAAAUUUAUAAAAAAUAUGGAAUGUCGUUAAAAGGACAACAAACGUAAAUAUCAAUAUUAUUUGAAACAAAAAAAAAAA